UACGUAUCUUAAUUUCCAGUCUUUUGUGAUAAGAUAAACAAAAAGUACAAUUAAUGCCUUUAUUAAUCAUUAAUCAAUAUUAUUAAAUUCAUUAUAAAAUAUCAUUCGGAUGUUAUUAAUCCACCAUUUUCUGGGCUUUUAAUAACUUGGUGGAAAAGGUACAGCGGUUUGUGCAAUUACAUAAACCUCCAAUGGUCUGAAUGGUAUUAAAGCUGAAGGCAAUGUACAAGAGUGUUUAUACGUUCAUCUAGAUGUUUUUGAGAAGCUUCCAGCUAGAAAUCAUUUAUGCAUCGUUAUCUGAUUCUCCACAGUUGGAUUGUUUAUUCAGGAGCUUACAUGCAAACGUUGAAUAAGACUCAUACUAAUGCUCAAAGUGAGAAUUACGGAUCUGAAUCAAUGCUUAACCAGCAAUGAUUUUAGAUUCCUCUGCUACUGUGGAACAUGUACACAUAUAAAAUAUCGUGUAUUACACACGGGUGACAAACAGAUCUUCACCCCGGGGUUUGAGAAUCCACGUAGACACAGAUACCUCGAUGUUGUUGUAUUGUAAUCAUCCAAGUUGAUAAAAUUGACACAGAUUUCAUCGUCGCUUUCCACCGGGUCUAAAGACGGGUUCAGCAGAAAACAUAUUGGAUAUCAUAAGUCUCUGUUGUACGGAUUAUGAACACUGAAUGGAGUUAUGCUUCGUGGCAGAAGAAUCUCAGAGAGUUAAUCAGGUGAUUAAUCAACUAGAGGAUUAUAUAAUUAAUCUUACGAUAUUCGCGGAAGCUAAUUCAUAUAUACUUGUCAACGAGCUUGACUUUUUAAAGCUUUAAAUGUGACAAUAUUUCGCGAUCGGUGACAUAUCACAGAACUAAUAUAACAGGGAGAUGACAACGUAAAAGUCCUAUGCAAUGAAUGUACAAAUAAUACACAUCGACGUAUCACAAAAAGUCGCCAUCAAAAUUAUGCUAGAACUAUUCUGCUGAAUCAUUGGCAUGAUUGAUAGUCAUUUCUGAUAGCCUUGAUUUUCUAUAAAGUUCCGUACUACAAAAACUGCAGAGAGUAGUAUACCAUCCUUUGAUUAUACAUUUAUCACCUUUCUUUGCCAAUUCUUAACAGAAAUUGCAUGCUUUAUAUGCUGUACUCUGCAAUGAGCUUCAGUCUAAAGGCCCCUAGAGGGACUCAUGGACUAUAAAUUGGAUUGUUACUUACACUAACGGCCUCUGUUUUAUGUUCAAGCAGACCAUUCGCAAGUGUAUUAAUGCUUCAACAAUGGUGCAGAAAAGCCAUAACCAAAAUGGUUAUGAUGCCGGUACUUUGUUGAAAGUAGAAGGAGUGGAUGUUAAUAACACCUUCCUUGCUGUUAUUCUGGACAAUGGCGAAGUUAUUCAUCGGAAUGUAACGAAUAGCUACGAUCACGUGGGUGCCUCAUAUUAUGUUACCGCUGUUAUCAUGAUAUAUGGACUCUCGAUUGUGUUCAUGAUUGGAUCGUUGGUCAAGAGAAGUAAAUCCGACGUUGAUAACAGCGUCAACAUUUAUCUUAAAGAAGUAGGCCUGGGUAGUAGCAACAAGUUUGAACUGCGCCACAAAAAAGCCAAGGCAAGGGCUAAUCUUUCAGCUAAACUGACUCAUCAAAAUAUUUCAUCUGGCCUUAAACUUACUAGUUCUAUAGCAACGGUUGCUGAUGGUGGUAAAAUGGCUGCCGUCGUCAAAGAAGGAAAGCCAAAUUACUUCAACAAUCCAUGCAUCGACCUCACCAGACUGUCCAAUACCCAGUCAUUGCUGCAAAAUACACCACCGGGGGUGGCGAGUGAAGACGUUCAAUUUCCAAAAUGUAGUUCGGAAUACGAAGGUGGCGACUCCGAAGGGAGGACGUUCCAAAGACAGUCGUCGUCGUCAACUGUUAAACUAGAGCCUCUCUUUGAAGAAGUUGAGGUUGAAGACGACGAUGACGAUGAUUUGUUUCAAACUGAACACGCAGUUCUCAUGGUGUAAUGUUUCAAGAAAUCGUGGCAGCACAUCGAUUUACGAUUAAAGGUGACGCUAUAUUCUUUCCAUAAAAUUUGAAUACAUCCAUCUUACAGGUGCGGAACAAAUACUCCAGUCGCACGUUAAUAUGCUUCAAAAACCCAUGGCCAACAGCUAGUAUCUUGCAUAUUUGAACCAACGAGGAGUGGAUUAUUUUACAAAUUCGAGGGCCCUGCAACAAUGAUAUUUUUAUGACACAAUGUGCAAAAAUUAAUGUAGCCGGCAGCAUGUAGCCACAAUAGGCCACGAUCAGUUGAUUACAUUUAAUAAUAUAAGAACCACAAUCCACACCAUUACAUUACAGAUGCAGUUUCCAAUCAGUUAAUUAAGUAAAACACCAUGACCUGAAAGAACGCUAUACACAUUGUGU